AACAGGGGCCAAGGCAGCCGUGUUUGUAAAUAGGUAAAACGAGAUUGAUAAGGAAGCUUUGUAGUGAGGCUGUGGCCUAUUUUCACCUGAAUUUAUUGCCUGAGCCUGGAAGCCAACAUCGUUAAAGCCUGCCAAACACCUUCCAGUCUUGAGUGAAAAACACAAGUUCCGAAGAGUAUUACAGAUGGGCACGGCAAGGCAUGACCAAGAGAUGUCAAUCAACGCAGUAAGAAGCCUGCCCAAAAUCACUGACCCUCUAGAAAGACUUCGCCUGCAGUGUUUAGCAAGGGGAUCUGCAGGCAUCAAAGGAUUUGGCAGAGUAUUUAGGAUUAUUGAUGGUAACAAUAGCAGAACCCUUGACUUCAAAGAGUUUCAGAGAGGACUACGUCAUUAUGCUGUGAUGAUCAAUAACGAAGAAGCACAUGAGAUUUUCCAGAUGUUUGAUAAAGACGGCAGUGGAACAAUUGAUUUUGAUGAAUUUCUUGUUACACUGAGACCUCCCAUGUCCACUGCAAGAAAAGAGAUUGUCAUGCAGGCAUUUCGGAAGUUAGACAAGACUGGAGAUGGUGUCAUAACAAUUGAAGACUUACGCAGUGUGUAUAAUGCAAAACAUCAUCCCAAAUAUCUAAAUGGAGACUGGACAGAAGAUCAAGUUUUUAGAUCCUUUCUGAACAAUUUUGAUUCACCCUACGAAAAAGAUGGGAAGGUCACCAAGGAAGAAUUUAUGAAUUACUAUGCUGGAGUCAGUGCUUCCAUAGACACAGACAUUUACUUUAUUGUCAUGAUGAAGAAUUCUUGGAAACUGUAAUCAUAUAGUUAAAGAAGCAUGAGUUUCUUUGACCUUUUAUAGGUUCCUCCUAAAUGUAUGUACAACAA